GCCAUCGCGAUACUGGGAUGGAACUCGUUCUCGCUCAAGGGAGUUCCAGGGCGUCUCGACCACAUCUCCGACACAUGCCGUGCCAUUCAGAUUAUGCUGUACGUAGGCGCCAAGAUGCGACAACGCACCACCGACGCCUCGCACCAUCUCGAGGACAGCCUCCACCAUACUUGGGUCCACAUCGGCUGGGGCCGUGGGGCCCACGCAAACAGCUCGGCAGGCUGCAGCAUCGCAGUAUCCAAGCGCCACUUCCGCAAGAUAGACAUCGUCAAAGUACUGCACCCCCUACGACCCGACCUACGGGGCCGCGCAGGCGCCGUUGAGCUGCAUCGAGGCCAGCUCCGUCUUCGACUCAUUGUUGCGUAUUUCCCACCACGGCCGAACGGAGCAGGCCAUCACCAACGCUGGAAGGCAGGGUGCCGACGACUAUGGAGCUGGGUACUGCAGACACUUACCGCCGCCCCCGCUCGCGUCACGCCUAUCCUGUUCACGGACCUCAGACAAGGUCUAGGACGGCGAUCACGACAUCUCUACACCGACAACGCGAUCGGCAGUUACCACGCCAGUGACGAGACCGAGUUCGGACGCUUCAUUCACGACCAGCUCUUGACUCGCCAGCUGACGGCCAUCAGCGCGCACAUCGACGUCGGCAACACCUACUACGGGCCUAACAAAGCAAGAUCACGCAUCGACUACUUCAUCGGCUACGACAACCCUAUGGAGAUCGUGAAAUAUGUGAAGCUGAAUUGUAAGAUCCACACCAAGCUACGUAGCCUACUACACGUUGCCGACCACGUCCCCAUGAUUAUGCAGAUCAAGAUGCCUAUCAGCGGCGUCAAUAUCACGAACAACAACAUUCGCUGGGACUUCGGCCUCCUCGCUGCCGGGCUCCAGACGGGCGCCCACCGUGUUUCAUUUCUCAAUGACGUCUAUGCCGAGAUCGGCAAACACAAGGAGGAGGACAACCACAAUGGUACCAACAAGCUCGACUUGAACGACUCCGUCUGCUUAAAGAACGCGCUGACUGUCGAGCCCGGCGACUACCCUUUAAUCACGCAGCCCUGCGCGAGAUCCAACGACGCCUACGAGCACACCAACGAUGGAUGGAUCACUG